AUGACAGCAUUAGCGACAAAUGUGGUUGACACACCAGAAUCAGCUAUUGAGUAUGCUAUCACUAAUCCACGGAUCUUGAAUGUCUCUGAAAUGCUUUCGCAACCUAAUGUGCAGGCUCUCCAGCAAUCAAACCCUACAUUGUAUAAAACGUUAGAAGUGUUCGCCUAUGGGACUAUCAAAGAUCUUCCAGAUGAGGUGAAUUUGCCACCUGCAGCACUACGAAAACUUCAACAACUCUCACUGAUCAGCUUAGCAGCUACUAGUACGUCGAAUAGACAGCUUCCUUAUGCGGAAGUUAUGAAAUACCUUGGUAUUGCGUCCGUUCGUGAGCUUGAAGACGUUGUAAUUGAUGCGAUUUAUAAUAAACUGAUCAAAGCUCGCCUUGAUUCGAAAGGACAGUUCAUCGAAGUUGGUUUUCAUGAGGACAUGUGUAAAUUCUCCAAUCUUCAGGUCGAUGACUGGGCGUCUCGCGACACUCCUGCAACUAAUCUUCCAUCCAUAAUAAGCACACUCUCGGAGUUUGCACGAAGUGCUACAGAUGUUCGUCAGCAAACUUUAGAAGAUGCUGACAGACGUGAUGCUCAAGUGACUGCCGAUCGUAAACGUGCUCAGCAAGUCGAGGCCGAUUUAGCAGCAGCCAGAAAGGCAUUGGAUGAAUCUGUGCUGGCAACGAUGAACUCACAUGACCCAUCAACUUCUAGAGCAAAAGCAUCCCGAUCAGUGCGGCAGCGAGUUGGACAAACGACACCAGCUAGUAAAUAA